GUGAAAACGCAUCUCAGUGAGAUGAUCCCGCUCCGUCCUCCUCACGCGUUACAAAGCCCGCACGGAUUCACAAGGACACGCUUUAACCACCUCUGACGCAUUCAGGACGGUUCAUUUUUUUUUUAAUUUUGCCCCGGCUCCUUCGUUUUGUGUUUUGGACGGAAAUCUGUCUCUCUCUUUUUUUUGUCCGCGGGAUACCGAUGGCCACCACCACCAUCCCCAGCAUCAGCACCACCACCACCACCACCACCACCGGAGGGCCGUCGGGCCAGCCAGGACGGCCGGGAUUCAACCAGCACACCUAGCAGGCUGAGGAGGCCCACAUGAGACCUAGCUGCCUUAACUGACCUUUGACCUUCAACCAGUGGAGAACAGCAGGACUCAUCAUCAUCAUUGUUAUCAUCAUCUAGCCUCCUCAUCAUGAUGCAGCAGAGAGUCAACUGAUAAAAUCUGAAAGAUGACAGAGAGUAGGAGGAGGAGGGAGCCGAGAGACGCUGAGUGGGAACAAAAUUAGGACAAAGAGGAUGUGAAUGUGACACUGACCUUUUCCUCAUGUGCUGUUCAUUGACUCACGUUCCCUGUAACAAACUCAACAUUUCAAUCCAGCAUCAAAAACCAAAAAACUUCCAGCUUCUUAACAAUGUAGAGGACGGCAGCAAUGAUUGUUGAUUCACAAGCUGUCAUAUUGAGUCGCUGAAUACCAUCAUAGACGACCACGAUUGUCUCUUACUGAUUAAAUCUGGAGCUGAAACUGUUUCAGCCAAGUUUUUAUAAAUUUAAAAACAAAGACAGCAAAUAAGAUUGUGUUACAGAUAAAGGGCAAAGACAACCAAAUCUCAUCAACAAGAUUGUACAACAAACUGGAGAUACACUGGAAUAAAAGUAGGAAAAGAAAACGAUCUACAGUUUGUACAGAAACAUAUUUUUGAACGUCAGGAAUCAAAGCAGAGUGAGAAUCCACGAUGACACAUCUACACGCUGGCCUGAGCUCAGAGACGACGGAGAAGGCUCGCUUAGAGCUGAACGAAAACCCAGACACUCUGCAUCAGGACAUUCAGCAGGUGCGGGACAUGAUCGUGACACGGCCUGACAUCGGUUUUCUGCGGACAGACGAUGACUUCAUCCUCCGUUUCCUGAGAGCCAGGAAGUUUGACCAGGUGGAGACGUUCAGGCUGCUUGCCCAGUACUUCCAGUUCAGACAGCAGAACCUCGACAUGUUCCAGAGCUUCAAGGUGGAUGACCCCGGUAUCAAGCGGGCGUUAAUGGACGGUUUCCCUGGCGUGCUGGAGACUCCAGACCAACAUGGCCGAAAAAUCCUCAUCCUGUUCGCUUCCAACUGGGACCAGAGCAGGAACUCCUUCACAGACAUCCUGCGAGCGAUCCUCCUUUCCCUGGAGGUUUUGAUAGAGAACCCGGAGCUCCAGAUAAAUGGUUUCAUCCUCAUCAUUGACUGGAGCAACUUCUCCUUCAAACAGGCCUCUAAGCUCACACCCAACAUCCUCAAACUGGCCAUCGAGGGUCUUCAGGACAGUUUUCCGGCUCGAUUUGGAGGGAUCCACUUUGUGAAUCAGCCGUGGUAUAUUCAUGCCAUGUACACAAUCAUCAAACCGUUCCUUAAAGACAAGACCAGGAAAAGGAUCUUCCUCCACGGUAACAACCUGAACUCGCUCCACCAGCUCAUCCAGCCCGAGUGUUUGCCAUCAGAGUUCGGUGGGACUCUUCCUCCGUACGAUAUGGGGAUCUGGGCUCGAACACUGCUUGGACCCGAUUACAACGACGAGACCGAGUACACACUGACCUAUGAUGCGCUACAUGUCAGGGAGAACUGUGGAGGAGGAGGAGGAGGAGACAAGGAGAUGAUGAAGAGGUCUCAGUCAGCGGUGGAACCAGGAACUCUCCGACAAACGGACAGAGAGACUAGCACACCACUACUUGCCCUGGACUGAACACACACACACACACACACACACACACACACACACACCCUAGAGCCAUCACACACGCAGAUCUAUCAGCACACACACAUGUACAGAUGACAACAAACCACAGCAUCCACUUUGACACAUGCACCAGCUGUGUAUUAAGCUGGUGGAUUUGAACUCGCGUCCUUUAGUCCUGUUGACCUGAACUCUGACAGUGACUGCACUUCUUGUACAGGACACACACGCAGACACACACCCACCCACCCACCCACCCACCCACACACACACACACACACACACACGCAAACAGUCUGUCCUGUCUCUGAGCCGUCUAAUGCCUCCCAGCUGAGCCUCUCUCCAGCCAGCAGCAGCAUCUGUCCUGAUGUCCACGACGAUACAUAACACACUCUGAUGUGUGUUUGUUCGUCUGCUUCACAUUUUGUUAAUUCUAUCAGAAACAAACAGGAAUGUAUGACAAACACAGCUGAUCUUUUUCUGUGAGCCGAUGUGUUGAAACUUUAUUUAAACCUCAGAGAACAGACUGACAAAAACAACAAUGAAACAUAAAGUCAUUUCAAUAAUUAAGAAGCAUUUAAAGCAGGUUGCACCAACAAGGAUUCAGUCAAAGUUUUUUAAAAUUCUGGUUCAACAUGAUUAACCCGCUGGUUUAAACAUUAAUCCAUAUAGUUUCAGAAACGAGCAUCUUUCCACCAAACUCCACUCACUUUUUUGUUUAAUUUUGGUGAAAUAUGUUUUUACAGUUGUUUUUUUUUUCACAAGUUUUAAAUAUGUUAUUUUUCAGAAACAAGAAUCUUUUCACCAAACUCUGCUUCCUUUUUUAAAUUUUUUUUUGUGAAAUAUGUGAAUGCAAUUGCACAGAUGUGUUUUAAAGAUGUUCAGUUUUAGAAACAAGCAUCUCUCCACUGAACCCCAGUCACUUUUUCUUUUUAUACUUAGUGAAAUAUGUUGAUACAUUUUUACAGAUUUUGUAUGAAAUAGACCUCAUUGCACAUUUAUUUGUUUUACUUGUAUUUUGGGUGUUAUCAUGCUCUAAGUUUUGAAACUACAGCUCCCAUAAUGCUUCAGGGGAGGUAAAAUGGAAAAUAAUGUUGCCUUGGAGCUACACCUUGAGGGCUUUUUACAUUUUGGCAAUUUGUCUUCAUUACAAUUAUGCAGAAUCAUCUAUUAGCAGCUCCUGUUUGCAGUGUACCCAUGGCUGUACAGACAACUAUCACUGGAUUACUGUGAUACUAAGAAAAACCUAAAAACGUGAUGAUUCCCAAGCAAGUUCUGCAUUUAUAAGGACCGUCUUUUUUCUAUGAUUUUUAAGUAGAUUCAUGGAUGUCACAUUGAAUCUAAAAAUACACCUUUCAUGUCUGUGAGUUAAAAUUUGAAUGAAUUAUGAGUGUGAGGAGUGUGAUUUUUGACACUCCUUCUCCUCCUGCUUACCUCUCAGUUUGAAAAUCUCUGGAAGUUGAUUGACAGAAAAUUAUGCACAAACAAAUCUGAUGUAUAAUUAAUUGCUGUAAGUCGUUUACCAAAAGAAAACAGUUUCUCAAAAUGUAAGAAUUACCUGUUUUUCUCUGUUUUACAUCAUCGAAAAACUGAAUGUGUUUGAGUUUUACACUGUUUGUUGACUUUUGAAGACUUAAGUUUAAACCGUCAAACCUCAAACACAUUUCAUAGACUAAAGAAUGAAUUGGUCAAACCAAAAUGAUUUUUUGAAAUGAAUUUAAAGUUGCAGCCCUAAAUAAAGGUGUAUUAGUAGAACAAACUCAGUUUAAUGAUUCAAACCAGGUGAAUAUUGGAUUUAAAUUCAUCAGAUGGAAAACUUCCACAUUAAUCUUGAUUAAUUUAGGUUUAGAUUUGGAAUGAUAACAUUAAUCAUGUUUAAUCCAGGCUUAAAGAGAAUCCUUGUUGGUGAAAUUCAGCCUGAAAUGUUUUAAAAAGAGGAUUUAUCUUCAGUGUUUUCUGAACUGUGAAUCUAGAAUCUAAAAUUAGUUUCUGGGUGGUUCUGACAUGGCGGCUCCAUCACUACUCCAACAUCUUUAUACUUGCUGGAUUUUUUCCCUCAGAAUACUUUGAAUUUAACUGACUUUUAAUGUUCUGAAACCUGAAAGGGAAAUAAAUUCAGUGGUGGAGGAAACAUUUCCGCAUCAGUUAUCAGAGGAAGGAAGGACAACACAAAAAAGUGAAGUGAAGAAACCACAGGAUGCAAAAUUAUCACCUUUAACUUCGACUGCAGUGAAGGGAAAGAUUGUUUUUAUUGAAUCUAACUUAUUAUUAUGAAGAUUGUAUAUUAUUGUUAUAAGUAUUAUUAUGCUGCAAAAAAGUGACACACUUGGCUGAACUUAUCAUGGGAUAUUUAAAGUCUAAUUAUCUUUAAUUUCUGCUGGGUAACUUAUUUUAAUUUCUGUCAGAAACUAGAAAAUCUCAGAGCAACAACAACUCGUUGAAUGUCAUGUUUGCAGGUCGAUAAUUUCACUUUAAAAAUAUCUUGAUAUAAUGUGGAUUAUUUGUAAAAUAAAAAGGCCAAGUUUGUCAAGAGUUUUUGCAGUGUGUUUGACUCAUCAUCAGGGCUACACUGAGCAGUGAUUUGAUCUCCACUCGACUGUCAUGUAAUGUAUUUCCUUUCAAUGAAUGUAUAGAAGUAAACAUUUACACCAACGUGACAA